AUGGGAUUACGUCGACGUGGAUGGUUAAAAUAUUUGUUUUUAAUUCCAACAUUAUGGUUUAUUGUGAUUAUAAUAUUUUCAUUACGUACAGAUUCUUUAUCACAAUCAAAAAAUGAUAUGCAAGUAAAUGUUAUUGAUAAAAUAGUUUCACCAUCAUUUGUUGAUCGUAUAAUUGGUGCUUUACCAUUUAAAUCUAAUGUUGAUCAUGAUCAUCCACCUGAAGAACGUGCUAAAGCACUUGAACAAGCACGUCAAAUGAAUGCUCAAGUACAAGUUGUUGCACCAGAUAUGAAAAAAGAACAUAAUGAUCCUAAAAUUGGUAGUCCCGGUGAAAUGGGUAAUGCGGUUCGGAUUGAUAAAGAUAAAUUAUCCAAAGAAGAAAGACAAAAAUAUGAUGAUGGAUGGAAAAAUAAUGCAUUUAAUCAAUAUGUUAGUGAUAUGAUAUCAUUACGAAGAAAUUUAGCUGAUGUUCGAGAUCCCGAAUGUAAAAAAGUUGAAUUUCAUCCAAAUUUACCUGAUACAUCAGUUAUUAUUAUUUUUCAUAAUGAAGCACGUUCAACAUUAUUACGUACAGUUUAUUCUGUUCUUGAUCGUUCACCAACUCAUUUAUUAAAAGAAAUUAUACUUGUGGAUGAUUUUUCUGAUAAAGAACAUUUAAAAAAAAUGCUUGAAGAUGAUAUUCAAUUAUUAACAAAAGUUCGAUUACUUCGUACUAGUAAACGUGAAGGUCUUAUACGUGCUCGAUUAAAAGGUGCUGUGGAUGCAAAAGGAAAAGUAUUAAUCUUUUUGGAUUCACAUUGUGAAUGUGCUGAAGGAUGGCUUGAACCUCUUUUGGAUCCUAUUGCACGAAAUAAUAAAGUAGCUGUUGUUCCAUUAAUUGAAAUUAUUGAUGAUUCUACAUUUCAAGUAAUUGGUACACCAAUACAAAAUAUACAAGUUGGUGGUUUUGAUUGGAAUCUUAUUUUUAAUUGGCAUGUUACACCAGAAAAAGAAAUGAAACGAAGACAGAAAAAAACAGAUCCAAUUAGGAGUCCAACAAUGGCUGGUGGUUUAUUUGCUAUUGAUCGUGAUUGGUUUGAUCAACUUGGCAUGUAUGAUCCAGGCAUGGAUAUAUGGGGAGGUGAAAAUCUUGAACUUUCUUUUAAAGUUUGGCAAUGUGGUGGUGAACUUUUAUGUGCUCCAUGUUCACAUGUUGGUCAUGUUUUUCGAAAACGUUCACCAUAUGAAUGGCCUAAAAAUGUAAAUGUUGUUAAAAAAAAUACAGUUCGUCUUGCUGAAGUUUGGCUUGAUGAUUACAAAAAAUAUUAUUAUGAAAGAAUUGGCAAUGAUCUUGGUGAUUUUGGUGAUGUAUCUGAUCGUUUAAAAAUUCGUGAUCGUCUUCAAUGUAAAUCAUUUAAAUGGUAUCUUGAUAAUGUCUAUCCUGAACAGUUUAUACCAGGUGAAAGUUUAUAUUUUGGCGAGAUUCGAAGUCGUGCUAAAACAAAUAUAUGUGUAGACUCUCAAGAAAUUGAAGAUGGUGAUAAACCAAUUAUUGGUUAUCCAUGUCAUGGUCAAGCUGGCAAUCAAUUUUUUCUUAUGUCAAAAACAUUUGAAAUACGUCGUGAAGAAAAAUGUUUAGAUUAUCCUGGUGGACAUUCAGAAUUAGGUAAACCAGGAAAAAUUGUUUCAUUUACAUGUCAUUCAAUGCAAGGAAAUCAAAUGUGGACAUAUGAGAAUGAUAUGUUUCGACAUGCAUCAGGUUUUUGCAUGGAAUUAUCAUCAAAGAACGAUAAAGAUAUGUAUAUGUCUAUAUGUGAACCAACAAAUAAUAAUCAAAAAUGGUUUUGGAAAAAACGUAUAAACAAUUCAACAUAA